CGUUAUAGUUUGCGCAUGCGCUAUUUAGUCAUAGUCUGUCCUCGAAUAUAGCCACGGUUUUCUGACCGAUUACUGUCUCAAUCAGUAUUAUUGCGACGUGUUCGUGAUAAGACCUACGAAAAUGACAACUAUGUUUGCAGACACUAUUCUAAUUGUGUUCAUCUCUGUUUGCACAGCCUUGUUAGCCGAGGGCAUUACAUGGGUGCUGGUGUAUCGUACUGCUAAGUACAAGAGUUUGAAGGCUGAGGUUGAAAAGCAAAGCAAGAAAUUGGAGAAGAAAAAGGAAACCAUCACAGAAUCAGCAGGACGCCAACAAAAGAAAAAGAUCGAGAGACAAGAGGAGAAACUGAAGAACAACAACAGAGAUCUAUCCAUGGUGCGAAUGAAGUCUAUGUUCGCCAUUGGAUUCUGUUUUACAGCAUUGAUGGGAAUGUUCAAUUCCAUCUUUGAUGGAAGAGUUGUGGCCAAGCUGCCAUUUGUCCCAUUGUCCUACAUUCAGGGCUUGUCUCAUCGCAACCUUUUGGGCGAUGACUUCACUGACUGCUCUUUCAUCUUCCUGUACAUUCUUUGCACCAUGUCCAUCAGACAGAACAUCCAGAAGAUGCUGGGUCUUGCCCCUUCCAGAGCUGCCACCAAGCAGGCUGGAGGGUUCUUGGGACCUCCUCCCCAGGCAGCUAAGUUCUCUUAAGAACCAAGGACAUGAGUGGACAUUACACUGAUCUUUUUCUACCAAGUGACUGGCUGACCACAGAUGAGAGGUCUGCCCUCAGCCGUAUACAGAGAAUGACACAACGAUGUACUCAAGCAUGCUUUGAAUAACAUCCACAGCUACUGUGUCUUUAAUUCACUACCUGUAUCCCCUGCAUCAUUGAAGUUCCUGCUGUACAUGAUUUGACUAUAAUUCAUGUUCUUGUUUAUUUAAGUUUUAGAUUGAUUUGUUCAAAGAAAUAAAAUAAACUUUCAUUCAGUG